UCGGCGAUUGGUCCGACUGGAGAAGUUGGCCGGAAGGCCUGGGGCGGGGUUUGGGUUCUAGCGGAGAUGGCUGCGGCCGCGGCGAGUAGAGUGCUCCAGGCCAAGCUGGGCCUUCGUGAGAUUCGCAUCCACUUAUGCCAGCGCUCACCCGGCAGCCAGGGCGUCAGGGACUUCAUCGAGAAACGCUAUGUGGAGCUCAAGAAGGCGAACCCCGACCUGCCCAUCCUAAUCCGCGAGUGCUCAGAUGUGCAACCCAAGCUCUGGGCCCGCUACGCAUUUGGCCAAGAGAAGAAUGUCUCUUUGAACAACUUCAGUGCUGAUCAGGUAACCAGAGCCCUGGAGAAUGUGCUAAGUAGCAAAGCCUGAAGUCUGCAUUGAGGAUUAAGAGCAAGAACCCCACAGCCUGGGCUCUGCUGGACUGAGUACAAUGUGAAAAAUUGUGUUCUCCUGUUCUUGAUAAAGCUUGUGCUGUAAGAUGC